AUGAACGCGCCUGCUCGCCACGAACUUUAUGUCCUUGAGGAUGGCGAGAAGGGCGUCGAGGUGACUGAAGACACCAAGAUCCCCAAUGCAGCGACGAUUAAGAUCGUGAAGCAAGACCAUACACUAGGAAACAUGCUGCGGGCGCAACUCCUCUCAAUGCCCCAAGUCCUCUUCGCUGGCUACAAAGUUCCUCACCCGCUGCACCCCUACUUCCUCCUCAAAAUCCAGACCGACGGCACGAUCACCCCACAAGCCAUCCUCGAGCAAGCGUGCACGAAGCUUAUUGGGACGAUGGCCGCGCUCGAGACCAAGUUCAAGCGCGAGUUCUCAUACAAGGACGUCGAGGGCGCUGUUGGGGGUGUCGGUGCAGGAGGUGUUGGAGGUGUGGGUGGACCAGGGGCGGAUGAUCCGUAUGGCGGAGGAGCGGGACGCUGGGGAAGGGAGAGAGAUUAUCUCGAUUUUUAA